AUGGCACUGAAAGGUCAUCACCAUCACCAACACCAACACCAACACCAACACCAACACCAACACCAACACCCACCACCCCACCACCAUCACCACCACCACCACCACCACCACCACCACCACCACCACCACCACCACCACCCUCCACCUUAUGCACAAUGCACGUUGCCAAAGGCAAACCUUUCGCAGCUUUACCCCUUCCCACUCCCUUACCUCCCCUUCCCACUCCCUUACCUCCCCUUCCCCGUCCCCCUCCUCCCAUCCCCCCACUCCCCCCCCCCAUAG